GAAGUUACAGUUCGGGGAAGUGAGAGAAGAGGCGCCGCGGCUAGGCUAAGCUAGGCUACUACUGCUCCUCAGUGCUGAAACUACAUCAGCUGAGAAGAUGCCGUCGAUUGAAUACGACGACUCCAAGCCCAGUUGGGCAGACCAAGUAGAAGAGGAAGGCGAUGAAGGCACACUGCCAUCCCCCAAGGAGACCAUCAAGGGGAAUAUCAAAACCGUCACGGAGUAUAAAAUAGAUGAUGAUGGAAAGAAAUUCAAGAUUGUGCGGACCUUCAAGAUCGAGACAAGGAAAGCCUCAAAAGCUGUUGCCAGGAGAAAGAAUUGGAAGAAAUUUGGCAACUCUGAGUUCGAUGCGCCGGGCCCUAAUGUUGCCACCACCACAGUCAGCGAUGAUGUUUUCAUGACCUUCAUCUCCAGCAAAGAGGACUUGAAUGCUCAAGACCAGGACGAGGAUCCCAUGAACAAAUUGAAAGGACAGAAGAUUGUGUCUUGUCGUAUCUGCAAAGGCGACCAUUGGACAACCCGCUGUCCGUACAAGGACACUCUGGGCCCCAUGCAGAAGGAGCUGGCUGAGCAGCUCGGCCUUUCCACCGGCGACAAGGACAAGCCUGCCAGCUCUGCGGAACCGGAGCCGGCGCAGCCUGCACAGAGCAAGACCGGGAAGUACGUGCCCCCGAGCUUGAGGGAUGGAGGCACACGAAGAGGGGAGUCCAUGCAGCCGAACCGCAGAGGUGGGUCUGAUGACAACGCCACCAUUCGCGUGACCAACCUGUCGGAGGACACCCGUGAGACUGACUUGCAGGAGCUCUUCAGGCCAUUUGGCUCCAUCUCAAGAAUAUAUCUGGCCAAGGACAAGAACACAGGGCAGUCUAAGGGAUUUGCUUUCAUCAGUUUCCACCGUCGGGAAGAUGCAGCCAGAGCCAUCGCUGGAGUGUCAGGAUUUGGAUAUGAUCAUCUUAUUCUCAAUGUUGAAUGGGCCAAACCUUCAAACAACUGAGGAAUUCAACGAAAUAUACUCCAGAUAUUCCAGGAAGAUGCCAGAUUUAAAUGCGGUAAAAUAUGGCUGUGAAAUAAAGAAAAUUGUCACAA